AUGUUACAUCAAGUUGUUGGAGUUGCUGCAUCAACUUCGAUUUUCUAUAUUUUCUACUUCAAAUUUUCAACUUUCCAUUCAAUGAUUAACUAUCAAACUAUGUCAACUAUUCGCGGUUUUCUGAUUUUCUAUAUUCCAACUCUCAUUUCACUGGUAAGAUGUUUGUUAUUCAAAACCUCUCAACAUGAAAAUAUCUCAGGUUUCAUCCAUUUUAAUUGUGAUUCGAGAUACUUCUGAUACACAUUUCGAUACCUAUAACUAUGCUCCUGAUAUUGAAAAUGGAAUAACAAUUGCAUUUUUAAAAUUGAACACUCUUCCUAAUAUGUUAAACUUGUCUUGCAUUUUGAUUACAACCAUCGGCAUCCCAAUAAUAACUAUUCCAAUGUACAAAAGAGUCAAAAAUAUUUUGAAAAACCAUGUUUCAUCCAAAACUUUGAGAGAAACUAGAUGUUUUUUGAGAGGAAUGACUAUACAAACUAUUUUUCCAUUGAUUUGUUCUUUUCCCUCUUAUGGUUUAUAUUUUUAUUGCCUUUUAACAGGUAAGUCGAAAUACUGAAAUGAUUUUUCACCAGCAGGACCAGAAAAAAGUUCCAAGUUUUUGAACCUACACAUUUCAGGAGCUGACUCUGAGUUUCAACAAUAUUUUCAAACUCCAUUAACGUGUUUACCCACGAUAAUUGAUCCAAUUAUAACUAUUCUGUGUGUAGUUCCUUAUCGCAAAUCACUUAUCCCUAAAUCCAUUAGGGGUAGCACAAUUAUAGACUACUGAUCUUCAGUCUUAUGCCAUUUUCAAAAUAUCUCAUGUCUAAACUACUAUUAUUAUUUUCUAACCUUCUUCAUUCAAUUCAAAGAAUUUUUUGCUCGUUUUUGAAGAAACGUGUUAUUUGGCCAAAAUUGGAACGAAAAACAAAAAUAUAAAUCAAAAUUUCUCUAAUUAAAAAAAAGAGAACAAGAACUUCUCGAAAGAAUAAAGAACCCUUGUCAUAGAUACUUUCAACUCUAUAAUUAUUUUACUUCAAAAAAAUGUGCAAAUAUCAUUUCAGUUUUCAUUUCCAUAUCAUGAGCAUAUUUGAUAUACAUUUUUGGUUCUAUAUAAUUUAUUUUCUAUUAGCAUGUUUACUUCACGGAUGUCUUAUUUAUAUGAUUAUUCGAAAAUCUCCCAAAAGUUUCAAAUUGAUGAAAUUUUUAUUACUUCAAACUUCCAUAUCUCAACUAUUUUUGGCUUGCCUCAUUUCAUUUAUUCAAAAUCGAAUAAUUGCAUCAAAAUUACCAGUAGAAGUUCGAAGUUAUGGUUUAUGUCGAUAUUUCAAUUCACAUUUUUGUUAUUUUAUUUAUAUGUUACAUCAAGUUGUUGGUGUUGCAGCAGCUUCCUCAAUUUGUUUCAUGUUUUAUUACAAAUUUGUGACUUUCAAAUCAGCAUUGGAUCAUAAGAAAAUUUCAAUUUUAUGGAGAUAUAUCAUCUUCUAUAUUCCAACAAUCGCGUCAUUGGUGAGUAAAAACUUUUCUUUCGAAAAUAAUCCCAAAAAUGUCAGAUAUUAUCAAUAAUAAUUGUUGUUCUGGAUCCACUUGAUGGUUCAACUCCACAAAUUGAUGAAGACAAUGGUUUAACAAUUGCAUAUUUGAAGAUGAAUACAAUCCCUAAUUUUUUGAACUUAUGCUGUAUUGCUCUUACGACAUUUUGCACACCAAUUAUCUCAUUAAUCAUGGGUUCAAAAAUCAGGAAAUCAAUACAUUUCAAAUCAUCGAAAACAAUGAAUCAGACUGCAAUUUUUCUGAAGGGUUUAGUUAUUCAAGCUAUUUUUCCAUUAUUUUGUUAUGUUCCAAUGUUUUCGUUUUAUUAUUAUUGUCUGCUAACCGGUAAUUAAUCAUUAGGUUCAAGCUAGAUAUUUUUUAUUUUCAUAUUUCAGGUUCUCAAUAUUAUUUCCAAGAAUUUUUUCUAACUCCAAUUGUAUGUUUUCCUGUUAUUAUUGAUCCAAUUGUUACAAUGUAUUUUAUAAUUCCUUAUCGAAAUUUUAUCAAAUCCAAGUUCAAAUUUGGAAGAUCUUCAAGUCAAGCAGCUAUCCAAAAUGCAAUGACAAUUAAUAAUAUUUCAAAAGUUGUUGUUAAAAAUACAUAG